AUAUUAUUGCUGACGUGACGCUAAUUGAGUUUUAAGAAUUUUCAUUUUAGGUUAAAAGGAGAAUCUGUUCUUUUUUCUGUCGUUAGUCGUUACCAUACGUUGUAAAAAAGCACCCUCGGUUGUUAUUGAAAAUUUAUGCCUUUUUCAGCGUGAUUAAAUAAGAAAGAGGCAGUAACGAUCUUUGCUCUUACAUAUUGUUUGUACUACAACCAACCUUAUCAGUGUGAGUAUAAUUCAAAGUUUUCAGUAGUUGUUUAAUGGCUAACACCACAGCAGGAGCAGUUCGUGGACUUUCUCAAAAAUUUAUCUGUUCCAAGCAUGUUUUAAGUGCUUCCCCAGGAGUUGGAUUAUAUUCAUUAAGAACAAAAUCAAUGUCUUCAAAAGCUUUGCAGUAUGCAAAACUACCAUCAUUACCUGUUCCAAAGCUCAAUCAAACUCUGGAACAAUACAUAAGGACUGUGAAACCCUUACUGACGAAAGAUGAGUUUGCUGUUACAGAGCAAGUGGCAAAGAAUUUUGGUGCCCCAGGAGGGGUAGGUGAAAAGCUCCAACUCAUGCUAGAAGAAAAAGGAGCCAAGGAACCAAAUUGGCUCAGUGAAUGGUGGCUUGAUUCUGCCUAUCUGAGUUACAGACUUCCAGUACUGGUUCAUUCCAACCCUGCACUAGUUUUUCCCAAGCAGAAUUUCUUAUCUAAGAAAGAACACUUAGCUUACGCAGCCAAGCUCAUCGUCGGAGCGCUUCGCUACAAGGCAAUAAUAGAUAGUGGGAAACUGGAACAGGACUAUCUAGGGAAAAGCCCAUUGGACAUGUCGCAAUAUACAAAAGUGUUCAAUGGAUGUCGAAUUCCCGGCUUAAAAACUGAUACCAUUCGCCACGCUUUGGAUUCUAACCAUAUCAUCGUGAUUCAUAACAAUCAAUUCUAUAAAGUAGUAGUGUAUGGAGAAAAUGGACAGAUCCUGGAUGACAGAGAUAUUCUUAAUGGAUUGACGUGUGUCACCCAGAAAUAUAACGGUCCUUCAGCCGGUGUCGGAUUCCUGACGACGGAAUGUCGAAAUGUUUGGGGUAUAGCACAUAAAGAAUUAAAUAAAGACCCUGUGAACAGAGCAUCAUUGCAAGCCAUAGAAGAUUCCAUAUUCGUCAUGUGUCUGGACAAGUCGAGCAAGAUCGAAGACAAUGCGACAGUAUCCACUCGCAUGGCUUUGCAACUUCUACAUGGCUACGGAGCAGAAAAUAAUUCGGGAAACCGUUGGUUUGACAAGACUUUGCAGCUUAUAGUGAGUGAAGAUGGAGUGAACGGUCUCUGUUACGAGCAUUCUCCUACCGAAGGACCUCCCAUUGCCAAUCUUGCCGAUUUCAUCGUCAAUUACGCACAGGAGAAAACUUUGCGCGAUGAUGAGCGGCAUUUGACUCCUCAUUGCGAACGUUUAACGUUUAAUCUUACUUCUGCUCUUGACGAGGCCGUGAUGUUGGCGAAACGUAAUGUGGACCAGUUGGUUCAGGAUGUACAGAUGAAUUCGUUCAGUUUUGACAAAUUCGGCAAAGAAGAUAUUAAAGCCCUCAAAUUAAGUCCCGAUAGCUUUAUACAGAUUGCAAUUCAAAUGGCAUUCAUCAGGCUGCAUGGACAUCCGGCUGCCCAUUAUGAGUCGGCUUCCACCCGAAGAUUCCACGGUGGACGGACAGAAACAAUCCGUAGUUGUCUACCGGAGAUUGUCAAUUUUGCUAAUAUCCACCUGAAACAAAAUCUCAGUCCUCAUGAAAAAUUUAAAGCUUUGCAAUCCGCUGUUAACGCUCACAAAGGAUACGUUGGAAUGGCUAUAAAUGGUCAGGCAAUUGAUCGCCAUCUUUUGGGUUUAAAAAGACUCGCUAUCGAGGGUGGAAUUGAUAUACCUAGCCUGUUUCUCGACCCUGGUUACUCCACGUCCAAUAACUGGCGCUUAUCGACUAGUCAAGUUGCAGCCGUUAACGACAUGGUUAUGUGUUAUGGACCCGUUACGCCAGAUGGAUAUGGAUGUUGCUACAACCCUCGACGUGAUGAAAUAAACUUUGCUGUCUCUGCCUUCAAUUCAAACCCUACAACAUGCGCGGAAAAGUUUGGUGAAGCAUUAAAAAAAUGCUUGGAAGAAAUGAGGGAUGUUGCUACAAGUUCUAUCCUAAGCAGUCUAUAAAUCCUGUAUUAAUAAUCAUACAAAUACCUUUGUCACUGAAGUCAGUCAUACUGUUGGGUACUGUAGCUAGCGGGUGCCUUGUCGGUUAAUAAAGGGGGUUGUACCUUUGUCAGUGAAAACGACCUGUGUUCAGCUGGCAAAACUAAAACAA